AUGCCGUAUACAAAUAACACUCCUGAAUCAAUUGUAUCCCGCUCGGAUUCGAAGAACCCAGCAACUACAUGUCGAGGGAUAACUGCUAGCGGCACCCCAUGUCGGCGAUCGCUGGCGUCCUCGCCAAAUUCAUCGCCUGCAAAAGCGGGUGGAAAGGCCAACGCCAGUCAGAAAACAGACAUAACUUCAUUCUAUUGCUGGCAACAUAAGGAUCAAGCCGAGACAAUCCUGCGCCGGACAACAUGGAACUCAGACCCUGCCAAAAAGCAGCGACGGUCAAGCAUCGACACAUUAAUGGACCGCCUGGGCGUUCUAGAUAUCAACGAUGCUUCAGAAAGGCCAGAAAAGCCCAAUAAGCCUCCGCGGAAAAAGAAACAGACUAGGCAUACAUUCUGCUGCUUCACCAUAAUAGAAGAAGAGGAACCGCCAGUGGCGCCCAAACCACGACCAGCGCGUCCUCCAUCAUCGGGAACAUCCACCCGCCCCCCUCAACAAAUGCAGCAAACCUCACCAGUCAGCCCCCCAAAGAUCCAGUCCAGCUCAAAGCCAAACACGCUCCUCCCUUGGAUCCCAGCCCACCUAUCCCCCCAAACAGCCUCGCUCCUCCUCGCCGAGCUCGCAAAACCAAUCUCCCCCGCCGAUGAACCAGGCUACAUCUACAUGUUCUGGAUCACGCCCUCAACAUCAGCAAGAUCCGACCCGCCCCCAUCCGACAUCGCCCCGUCUCUCCUCCCCUCCGCACACAGAGACAUAACCCUCGACAGCGACGACAGCGACGAAAGCCCCGAGCAGAUCCAGCGCAGCAACACCGCCAUCCGCCGCGCAAGGGAUCUAGACCCCACCAACUUCUCAUCCACCCGCUCACCCAGCACAGGGACAGGGACAGAAACAGGAACAGGAACAGUGCGCCUCAAAAUCGGCCGCACAAGCAACGUCACCCGCCGCCUAAACGAGUGGUCGAAGCAAUGCUCCAACCACCUCACGCUGCUCCGGUACUACCCGUACACGUCCUCGUCUGCGUCCGCGUCCGGGCAAGGGGCAGGCGCAAACGGCGCAAGCGGUCUCCAGCCAGGCCGGAAAGUCCCGCACGUGCACCGCGUCGAGCGACUGAUCCAUCUGGAGCUGGGCGACAUGCGGAUCCGCGAUCUGGGACCCUGUCCUGAGUGCGGGAAAGAGCAUCGCGAGUGGUUUGAGGUUGCGGCUGAGCGGGCGGCGCUGAAGCGCGUGGAUGAGUGUAUCCGGAGGUGGGUGCGGUGGGCGCAUACGCAGAAGUAG